GAAAAUAUAAAAAUAAUAAAAAAUGAGUUCAAAUGACAAACCCGGCGUUACGCCACCACCUAUAGCAGCAGCUGCAAAACAAAGAACCAUUGUUGCACCAUGGAAAUGCACAGAGGAAUUUCAACACGCAUGCCAUCUUAUAUUUGGGAAGAAUGCAACGAGCAAUCAGCGUCGGAUGGGUCUGUCCAUGAUCCGUAUUUGGAAACUCCGACGAGGCAGUCUUUGCCCCGCGGCUGCUCUGGCCACUGCCGUGAUUGUGCGGGCGCAGCUUAACGACAAGAAGGGCGACUUGAAUCUGGAGAAAAUCUAUGCCCACGCCAUUAUGCGCUUCUUCAAUUUCAUGUCGUCCACCGUACAAGGCCACAACUGGAGCAGCAUGUACGACAAGGCUCAGGAGUUGGGUCUACCAUCAUUCGUGGUCGACAUUCGGCACAAGUGUUCGCAUGGCACGGAAAUGCCACCCGUGGAUCUGUUGCGGACUGCUGCCGACAUCUGCCUACAAUGGCUUCAUCAGAACUACUGGCUGCCGCUUAAGGAUACCCUCUGCGAUCUGGAAGCAGCAAAACUGGAGAGCAAGGAAAACAUUAAAUUCAGGCAGAAGAUGGCUCAUCAGCUAUCCGCUUUCGACCUAGCCUUGGAGUGCCAGAUCAAGAGCGCUCACAGCCUCAAGGCUAUCAAAAAAAUAAAGCCGAAGGAGUUCAAUAAAAUACGGGCCUAUUUAUCAAAAAAUAAGCUGAAGACACCCACCGAAAUUCUUGACAUGGUGAUAAAUAAGCUAAACGAAUUGGUCAAGCAAGCGUCCACUGUUAAGAACCUGCCAGAUUUAUAUGUUGCGGAAAUAUUAAGAAUGAAAUAUUUCAUGGGCGUAGGCCUCAAUAUAGAAGACAAUGAGGAACAGAUUAUAGCGGUCACUGAGAGACUCUUUAGCCUAAUCGCCGUCCACGGGUUCACCGAAAACAUCUUUGUGGCUCUCGUACAACUCACUGAAAAUGUCCAUGAGCCGGAUGAGCGGCGUUUGGGCGCCAGAUAUUGGGCCCUCAAGAUGAUUGAAACCUUCGCAAUGAUAUCUCGCAUAAAGCGCAUGUUCAAAGAAGAGCAGGAUAAGAAUGACAAGCUCAAGCCUGUGGAUUUCUCGUCUCUCAACCGCCACAUACUUCCAAAAACUAUUCGUACUCUUAUAGCUCACUCUGGCGUGGAUCUUUCGCUCACUCUGAUGUUUGGCAGCAGCCGAAAGAAUCCACGCGCUGUGCUGUUUGACCACGAGUUCUUCUUGAAGCGACUUUCGUACCUAAGUUCAUUCUCAGCCCCCAUCCUCAAGGCUUUGAUUCCGCUGGCAGAGACUCCAUUCGAUGUGGAUCCCAUGGAACAGUUUGACGAACUUUACUACCCCAAAGUCCGUCCGUUCACUGACUUGGGUAUUUGGACGCUUGAGAAAGACAAUAAUUGGUCUAAUUGUGCCCUAGGUGUACUUCCGUCGAUAGUUGAAAAAAAAUAGAUUAUGAUACAAAAACUA